AAGUGUUGUCAGUGCUUCAGUACUGUACACACUCUCACUGAAGUUACAGUAAAAUGCUCUGACAUGAGUGCUGACAGGAAUGUUACAGAUUUGAGUAACGGACUCGAGAAUGUUCCAGUUCCUAUCAGUGGGGGUUCAGACGGACGGACUCUUCCUGAAUUUGAGUAUUGCCCGGAUAAUGUUCAAGGACCAGGAUGCACUUUCGACCCCAGUGAAGUCUCACUUCCAGGAUGCUCCUGCCAUUCCCUCUCCUGUGUUGCUGAGAGCUGCUCCUGUCUUCGGACACAUGGACAGGUAUAUGACAGCACCGGCACACUGCUGAGCCUAAGAAACACGGACUCUGGUUACUGCUCACCUGUAUUUGAGUGUAACGCCCUGUGUACCUGCAGUGAUGCAUGCUCUAACCGGGUUGUUCAGAAGGGGUUAAGGCUCAGGUUAGAGGUUUACAGCACCGAGAACACGGGCUGGGGAGUACGGACACUAGAGCCAAUCUCAAAUGGGACAUUUGUGUGCGAGUAUGCAGGAGAGGUGAUAAGCUUUGAGGAGGCCAGACACAGACAGCUCGCUCAGAGCAUUAAAGAAAACAACUACAUCAUUGCAGUGAGGGAGCAUGCUGGUAGAGGCACCGUCACUGAGACGUUUGUGGACCCAGCCAAGGUGGGGAAUGUAGGUCGCUUUCUUAACCACUCCUGCCAGCCCAACCUUUUCAUGCAGCCGGUGCGUGUGCACUCUGUGGUGCCUCGACUGGCUCUGUUUGCUGCUAGGAAUAUUGAUGCACAAGAGGAGCUGACGUUUGACUACUCAGGAGGAUACAGCAACCAACCUCCUGCAGAGCUGCUGUCCAGUAACAGCGCUGGUGCAGUAGGGGCCAAAAAGUCAGAUGGAAUCCUGAGAAAAAAGUGCUACUGCGGUGCUGACAACUGUGUUCAAUUUCUUCCUCUGGAUUUAUCCAUUAUAAACUGAAAAGAAAUCAGUUUUAAUAUAUUUGUCUUACUGUCAAGAAAAUGCCAUAUUUAUGAAUAAAUGAGAAACACUG